GUGGGCACCUUUUUCCUUUUUAUUUGUUGGAUAUGGAAGUAGAAGAAAAUCUUGCUGCAGAACCCCAAAGCCCAGGCUCUUUGCCUGCAAGCGAGUUGGUUUCGGCUACACCGUCCCUGCUGGGUAAAUUUUCUAUAAAGUCGUUUUUUGGAAUGACCACAAAGUUGGAUUCUAUAAAACCCAAAGAGGGCGCAGUUCUGAAAUCAUUCCGUUCUCUGGGGAAUAAUGUUGAAGUACAAGCAACCCCACCAAACGGUGAAGAAGGUGAAAGCGUCCAUGAGCACAGUCCACAGCUCAUCACAGUGCAGGAAGGUAAAGUGGAACCUGAAGAGUUAAAAGAGGAGCCUAUAAAAGAUGAACAAAUUAGCCAAGAGGAGCACUUGGGUAUGGAUUUAGAGAUUAUAAGUGUUGUGGAUUUACACCAGGAGGAGGAUGAUGUGGAUUUACACCAGGAGGAGGACGAGGUGGAUUCACAAGUCAUCAAGGGACAAGGUAAAAGUGAUGAAAACAAAAAUCAUCCACAAAUAGAUCUGGGAGGGACAGAAGCCCAGGUUUUACAAGAGCAAAAGGAUGAAAAAGAGGGAGUGUACACAAAACGUCUGAAUGCUGCAGACAUUGCUAAUGAUGCAAAGUCAUACAUGCAUUCCAUCACUGACACUGUCUCAGAUCAGACAGACUAUGACCAGGAUGAUCUACUGGUACAUGGCACUCUAGUGCACAUCUCCAGUGAUUCAGAUUCUGACACAGAAAGCUCUGAGCAGGAUAUCUGCCAGGGAACAACAAAGGCUUCUGUGUCCCAACAUUUAUCUGCUUCUAAUGUAUCACUGAACAAUGGUUCUGAGCAGAAGCCUGAAACGCAAGAUAUUGAAGAUGGUAAUGCCAUAGAAACAAAACCGCAAAAUGGACUGGACUUUGAAAAGCCGGAAUCUGCAGGCCCCAAUAUGGAUGCAAAUGCCAAUACCACAAAGAAUCUAGAAGGGAGCGGCCCUUCAACUCCAGCACCUAGCCCUACACAAGAUACCCCGGAAGAAAAGCCAUUUCAGCUCCCAUCAUUUUUUAGCAGCUUUCGUGUGCACAAAAAAGGAGCCUCUGCAGAUGACAAGGAGACUGUCACCGUGAAACAAGGAGAUAGUGAUUUGGCCUUGCUGAAACUCUCCCAGCCAGUGCAAAAAUCUAUUCUUUCAAAUGUCUCACAGGUCCGAAAACGUGAAGUGAAGAAGCCAGUAGAGACCAAAGCUAGCUCUAAAUUUAUGGAGCAACUCUCUCAGCUUCUGAAUUUUGAUAUGCCAAAGCAAGAAGAGGAGGAUGUACCUCCAGAGAAAAAUGAUGAAGAGACUCAGCAGAUAGCAGUCCAAGAGGAGAAAUCCACUGUCCAAGAGGAGAAAUCCACUGUCCAAGAGGAGAAAUCCACUGUCCAAGAGGAGAAAUCCAUUGUAAAAGAGGAAAAAUCGGAGUCGGCAUUGGAGGCUUUUAAAUCUUUUUUCACAGGUGCUCCAAAAAAGACCUUGCCAACACAGGAUUCUCCUGACCUAGAAGCUGUGAAGCGCAAGCAGAAGAGUGAGAAGGAGUCACUGAAGUCCAUCUUUGAAAAGGCCAGACCCAUAGAAAAUGACCAGACUACUGAAAGAAAGAGUCCAGACAUAAGUCCCUCAGAUUCAGAAGACCGGACUCCUGGCAGGCUUCAGGCAGUGUGGCCACCACCUAAACCCAAAGAUGGAGAGGAGAAGGUGGGGAUGAAAUAUACUGAAGCAGAAUACCAAGCUGCUAUAUUUCAGCAGAAGAGACAGCACAAGGAGGAGGUGGAGAGUCUUAAGACACAAUUUGAAGUGGAAAUCUUUAAUGUCCGUGGAGAGCAGGCUGUCCAGGUUACAAAGCUGGAAGAGACCAUACAGAGCUUGCAAGAGGAAUUAGAAAAUCGUCUGAAUAAGGGAAAAGGAGAAAGCUGCGAUGCCUGUGUUUCUACUGAAGAUGAUAACCAACCAAAAACCUUUCGCAGUGUUUACAUCCAGACUGAUAGGGACACGUUUCUGAAACCCAGCGAGGAGGAAAACAAAAUUCAAAAGAGCAGCCAAAUUGUUCCUAAGAGGCUGAAUAUACCAUCACUGAUUCAGAGCUUAGCGAGCCCCACAGAAUCUCAGGAAUCAUCUUUGGGUGUGCCUACCUCCUUAUCAAAUUCUGGAUCAGUUCCACCACCUCCUCCUUUCCCUUCAUUUUGCGGUCCUACACCACCACCACCACCUCCCUUACCAGGUUUUGUGCCACUGCCCCCACCUCUACCACCAGCUUUAGGACCUCCUCCUCCACCCCCUCUUCCAGGCUCUGGUCCUCCACCUCCUCCACCACUGCCAGGCUCUGGUCCUCCACCUCCUCCACCACCACCUCCAGGCUUUGGUCCUCCACCACCUCCUGGUUCAGGAGCUUUCUUUAGUGGGCUUCUUCUGUCAUCAAAGGAAGCAGCUCGCAAGCCCCAUCUGAAGCCUAAUUGCCCUAUGAAGCCACUGUACUGGACAAGGAUUCAGAUAAAAAGUAACAGUGGUAUCAAACUUUCCUUGUGGGAUACACUGAAGGAGCCAGAUAUAGCAGACACCAAAGAAUUUGAGGAGUUUUUUUCUAAAGCCAGUAUUCAGCAGAAGAAAAAGCCUCUUUCAGAAUCUUAUGAAAAGAAAACAAAAGCAAAAAAGAUUAUAAAGCUGAUGGACGCAAAGAGAUCACAGGCUGUAGGCAUUCUAAUAUCAAGUUUACAUUUAGAUAUGAAGGAUAUACAGCAAGCAAUUCUAAAUGUGGAUGAUUCUGUCGUGGAUCUAGAGACCUUGGAAGCCUUGUAUGAAAAUAGGGCACAAAAAGAGGAGUUGGAAACCAUCAGAAAGCACUAUGAAACUUCCACGGCAGAAGAAAUAAAGAUGCUGGACAAACCUGAACAGUUCCUUUAUGAGCUUUCGCAGAUCCCAAAUUUUAUGGAGAGGUCUAAGUGCAUAAUUUUCCAGUCUGUUUUUGCUGAGGGGAUUGGCUCAGUGGGGAGAAAAAUAAACACAGUCAUCGGGGCAUGCAACGGACUCAUGAAAAUGGACAGUGUGAAGGACAUUAUGGGUCUUGUUCUUGCAUUUGGAAACUAUAUGAAUGGAGGCAACCGAACACGUGGGCAAGCAGAUGGGUUUGGACUGGAAAUCCUUCCUAAGCUUAAAGAUGUUAAGAGCAGGGAUAAUGGUGUUAGCCUUGUCGAUUACGUUGUUCGAUAUUAUCUUCAACAUUUUGACAAAAAUGUAGACACAGAGAAGAGUAUAUUUCCAUUGCUGGAACCUCAGGAUUGCUUCCAAGCAGCACAAGUGAAAUUUGAGGACCUGGACAAGGAUUUACGAAAGUUAAAAAAAGAUCUUCAAGUGUGUGAGGAAAAUGCAAAAGCUGUGAUGAAAGAUUCUCCAGAAGACCAUCUCCAGCCUUUCAAAGACCGAAUUACUGAGUUUAUCCAAAAAGCCAAAGAAGAACAUAAAAUAGAAGACAAUAAGCUAAGCAAAGCAAAAAGCAGCUUUGAAGAAACUGUAGGAUACUUUGGAGCGAAGCCAAAAUCUGGUGAGAAGGAUAUCAGCCCCAAUUCCUUCUUCGUGGUGUGGUAUGAAUUCUGCAGCGACUUCAAGGGCACGUGGAAACGAGAAAGCAAAGCCCUCUCCAUAGAAAGGCUCCGUGGGGCUCAGGAGUCUUUAAACAAACUGACAGCAGAGAACAAAAUAGAAACAAAGAAGAUUAACCCUGCAACAAGUCUGAAAGAGAGACUACGACAGAAAGAGGCAAGUGUCAGUGGCAAUUAAUCGCACCCAGCAUAGCCAAAGAAAUUAGUGUGUGUGGAGUGUGGCUUCUACAGUCAAAAGCAUUGCUGCCAGAUAUACAGAGAAAAAUCACAAACUGCUUGACAAUGCUGGGAAUCGGCAAAUUACUUAUGUAGCUGAAAUCUCAUAUGAAGAGUUUCAUGUAAAUAUACAGCUAUAUGGCCUAUUUAUUAGAGGGCUGAAUUAUUAUUCUGUAUAUAUGUUUAAUGAAAGACAAAGCUUUAAGCCUGCAGAUAGGUUUCCCACUUAAUGUGGUGCUAAACAAACUGUAACAAAAGCUCCAGACUUUUAAUAAACCUAUCUGCAGCAAUUAUUUUAUUUCUGUUACUUUUAUAAAAUGCACUUGUAUAUUGUUGUAUAGUAUAUUUGAGAUAAAUAUAAAUCUAUUUAUGUACCUAUACAGGAUAAAAAAAGAUCUAUUAUA